CAAUGGCUUUCACUUCUUCUCUCACUUCCCAUUUUCUCUCUCUCCCAAACAAAAACCCAUCCCUAACCCCUUUUCAAUCUCAACCCUUCUUUUUCCCUACACUCCACCCAAAACCACUCUUAUCAUCACCUACUUCAAUCUCAACCGUUGCUUCAGCGUCAUCAUCGAAAAACCCUUCCAGUAACAAUAACCCUAAACAAUCUAGACAAGAUGAAGUUGUUGAGGUUGAAGUAGAAGAGGAACUUUCGUGGAUUCAAGAAAAAGCUCUCGACCUCGUUGAGUUCACCGGUUCUGUUACCCAAGCGAUUCCCGGUCCGAGAGUGGGUCCCACUUCGUUGUCGUGGAUUCUCGCCGUUCCUCUUGGUUAUGCUGGUCUCACUUUCGUUAUCGCGUUUGUUAAAACCGUUAGGAAAUUCAGUUCUCCCAAAGCACAACGCAGGAAAUUGGUUGGUAAAAAUGCGUUGUUGUGUAAGUCUGUUGAUGAUUUGUUACAAAGAGGACGAGAUGAAGUUAAGGUUGAUGAUCUCAAAGGAAUCGAAAAUAAGACAGGUUUUGUCUUGGAAGAAAUUUUGCGCAAAUACAUUCGAUAUGCUAUGAACGAGAAACCAUUCAACCCUGAUGUUGUAGCUGAUUUAAUUCAAUUAAGGAGAGCUUCUGCAUUAAAGGACUCACAAGUUGCUGAGAUUCUAAAUGAAAUUUCACGAAGAAUUGUUAGAGACAAAGGAUUAUUUUUCUCUGGUUUGCUCCUUGUAUUGACAAAGGUUUAG